AUGAUUUCGUCACACACGAAAUGUUGCUCUUCCUGGGGCUACUGCUGCUUCCCACUAUUGACGCUCAGGUGGGAAAAUACCUCUGCCGAAAAGAAGUUCUCAAAGAAAGACAAAAGGAGUCUGGGAGAGAAAGUGCUUCACACUCUGAAAUACACCUUCCAAAGGAGGCGACACGAGCUUCUCCGACUCUCUCCUGGUACCCUCUAUGGAUGUGACGGUAUUAUGAACACUAAAGGAAAAGACGAUGUGAUGAUGAUCUUGUGUCUCUUCAAGAAAGUGGGACGAAGAUAUUGCAAGUCUGGCGUUGGACGAAUCCAAGUCUUCAUCCAAAAUACCCGGGUUAGCAAGCUACCCAAGGGGACACUGUAUGGAUGCGAUGGCAUUUUCGACACGAAGAGGGAAUACAACAAUGUUGUGUCUGUAGUUUGCCUCUACGCCAAGUAUGAGUAG